AUGUCGCAAGGGAGUAGCGAAGCCUCAAAUAGUGUAGGUACAAGAAUAGAAUCCUUAAAACGUUCAAAUGAUACGUCACCGCGAAAUAUGUUACCAAUAAUGAGUAUUCGACCCAGACUGAAAAAUUUGAACGACUACCCUAACAAUAUUUAUAAUAAUAGAAAGUCAUCAACGACAGAAGUUUUAAUACCGAAGAAAAGAAUAUUGGUGGAAAAUAGUGAAGGUGAUACAAUUAUACCUAGCGCAAAGCGUAUCAAUAUACCCCAAGAAGAAUAUCAAUACCCAGAAGAACAAAAUAAAUUAUUAUCUUUAUUAAAAUCGAGAAUGAAAAUUGCUAAACCAACAUCUCCAAAAAAACCAUUACAAAAUAAGCCUAAUAAUGAAAUUCUAAAUACAACUACAAAACAGCAAGAUAAAUUACCUAACAAUAUAGUUUCUACUACUACAAUAAACUCACAUUCAAUUCAAAAUAAACCACAGCAUAUCUCUAUACCCAAUACAACUGCAACAACCACAUAUAGCAUAACGUCAAGUAAUAAAACGAAUAAACUCAAUCAGCAUACCAUAAAUACUGGAAAUAAUGACCAAUUACCAAAUAGAUCAUCAUUCUUGGGAUCGAUGAGAACUUUUCUUAAUAGAAGCUAUCGAAGUCAAUGCCCAACAACUCCAACAGAUAAAAACACAACAAAUCUUACAAAUGAAAAAGGGUUACAUUCUACAGAUAACCUCCCUACAUUAGAUAACGAUAACAAACGUGCGAACGAGACAGAUAUUUUACUUGAUCAGUCAACCACCAGACAAAAUGAACUCGAGAAGUCCAAUUCUAUUUUGAAUAACUCAACUUCUACUGUAUCACAAACAAAGAAUGACACUCCAGUAUUGUCUUCUCAAGGGAAUAACAUAUCGGAUAAGACUGAUAGGAGUACAGAACGUAGUAAUAUGAGAAUAUUGUCUCAAAAACCAAUUAUGGUUAACCUUGAAAACGAAGGAUCCUUCGAUAAUGAUGGUGAUAAAAAUAUCGAAAAGCCUCAAGAUAAUAUUGAUCUCCCUAAAGAAAAACCCUUAACAUCAAAUCAAUUACAGAAAAGUCAGAUCCCUAAUAAGACAACCAAAACAACACCAGAAUUGACAGAUGCACAACCGAAUACAACUUCCCAACCAACAUCGUCGUCAGAUUUAUCAGAGACUACACCAGAUACUUUAUCCACUCUUAAUAAAGUUACGAAAGUUGUUAUAGAAGAGAAAAAUUCUGAAUCUAACAAAAGCCCAUCAAGUGGAAACAUUAGUCCGGUAGCCCAAACAGACAGUUACCUUUAUACACAAAAAUCUAGAAAUGAUAAUGAUCUGGAAGAUUCUCUGAGUAAUUCAACACAAAACAGUCUGAGCCAGUCAAUCAAUACCAUACAGAAUACAUCAAUAACAAAGAAACGGGGUACCGGUAUUCAAAAAGGACCUACAAUCGAAGAUCCCUUGUCAGGUAUGAAAAUUGCGAGUCUUUUGAGUAAUACGGAUAAAUCCAAGGAUACAACUGAGGAUAAUAAGUCAUCACAAGAACAAAGAAAUAUAAAGGACAAGAGCUCAACGAACGUCGAUGAUCCUUCUAUUCUGAAUACGCAGAACGUGAAAAGCACCCCAUUACAAAAUGAAGGUGUUAGUAGUCCCGACAUAAAAAGGCAGAAAGUAACUGAAAGUUCGGAAAAUAUUAAAGAAAAAGGGGAUCUGCAUAACGAUAUAUCCAAUAGUUUAACCACCGGGUCAUCUACUGUAGUUAUGACCAAUGCAAACAAUGAUACUACCUCUCAUUCUGAUCCGUCAUUGUUAGCUAACCUGAUGCAAAAGUCACCAACACCUGUUUUAGCCCAAAUAAUAAGCCCCAAGGUCUCUUCAACAGACUCAUCUCUCCAACAAGAUGGAGCUUCAAAUAAUAACCAAACAUCAUUACCCGAAGAGAAUAACAUUGUAAAACAAGAGGAACUUAUGAGAAGUCUAAAAGAUGGUGUUGUUCAAAACGAUUUUGUUUCAUUCCUCGGUAGACUUAAUACACCUGACAAACAGAAUAAUAGCCCACCACGCCAUUCAGCAACACUUGAAGUUAUAUACAUAUCCGACUUCGAUUCAGAUGAACCAGUUGAAGGUAAAUCAUCAAGUAGUGAGAGUAAUGAAGAGAGCGAUUUGGACGGUAAUGCUACCUCUGUGAGCAAUGAAAACCAAAAGAUUACACCUCAAAAUGUUAUUGAGAGAAAUACAAAAUAUAUUAAGGUAGACAUCCCAAGUGAAGAGAUCGACCUGGAACGGAAAAGAUAUGAUAAUAUGCUCAAUAUCAAUGGGAUGAAAACUUUAAAUGCUUCCAAAUCUCAUCAUAGAGAUGACAUUGUGACUUUAAUCGAAAGUGGAAUUAUUGAACAUACUUCAUUUGAGUCAAAUAAUUUUGUUAGUAGCACAAAUAAUGUUUGCCAAUCAGAGAAUUUUGAAACAAGCCAGGUCGUGGAUUAUCAACAACUCCAUAAGAGGGACCGUUUGAGAGAAAUCCCACUUGCUAGGGUACUAAGCCAGGAUUUUAUUAAUCGAGGGGCAAAUUUGAUCGCUGAAGAUAAAAGAGCUGUAGAAAAGGAGAAGAAGAUUACGAAGGGAAUCGAUAAUAAUGUUUUUAAAAAAUUUGCGAAGAAAAAUGAAAAUAAAUGGACUGAAACAGCCAUUACUAAGAUUGCCGAACUUCUCAUAAAUGAUGUAGUAAAGAGUAAGCAAAAAAGUGUCAAAAAUAUUCCGAAGGUGUCCGAAGAACAUAAGCCUAAAACAAACAUCAAUAUUACAAAUCGAUCAACAGAAAAUAACAUUGAACGGAAUGAUGCAAUUUCACAAGAACCUCAAGAAAGUAAUUCAAAAACAGACGACAAUGUUUCAAAGUUACAAAAUGAUAUGAUGACCAUAAACAAAAAACAAACUGAGAAAUCCCUAAAACUCUCAUCAGAAAAAGACGAAGAAACUAUAACUUCCUCAAGAGAGUUAUGGAGGAAAGAGUGGAUAGAAAAUCUUAAGUUAUGUUACAUCUAUCCAUAUGAAGCUUAUCCAUCUAACAUACUCACUGCGAACGAAAAGAAAGGUUUAGACUAUUCUUUCGGAUUAGUUAAAAGAAUCCUCAAAGAGAGAUAUAAUGUACCGCUACUUACAAACUUUGAUCCCAAAGUACAUAUUGUUAUUUUAAAGGGUGACAUUCAUGAUUUCAAAGGCGACAAAAAACUUGAAGAAAUACAGAAUACAGUUCAAAUAGGUUCAAUUGAUAGGAAAGUUAGGGUAUGGUCAUUAAAUAAAGUCACAAAGUUUUUACAAAAUAUGGACACAAUCCCUGAAAAUGACCACAACAAUAAACCAGAAGCUGAUGAUCAGCACCCUUUGCUAGAUAAUAAAGAACCGGAUAAUUCCAAGACCACCCAAGUAUUAGCAUCUAUUAAUAAUGUAGACAAAUCCCAAACUGGUGAACAAGGGCAAAACAAGCCUGUCAGAGAUCCCAAGUCUUCGAAUAUCAAUGAAGCUAUCAACGUCGAGAAUAAAUCAGAUGAGGAUAAACAGGCGGAUAGGUCAGUUAAAAAAGCAAUCCAUAUAGAAACCACCAGUACAAAAACAGGAAGCGUCAUUGUACAGAAACUCGAUCUGGACCCCAAAAACCAACUUAAUACCUUAUCUCAAGAUAAUUCUGUUACAUAUAAUGAAUUCUCAAACGUACAGAAGAAUAAUAUUGUCAUUUCCCAACCUGACACCAACAUAGCGACAGUUGAUAUUGAUAGGUAUGAGGAACAACAAGACGGACUAACGAUUACUAAGAUGAUGACAAACCUUGAAGAGUUACUAACCAAAGUAAGCUCCGAACUUCAAAAAGAACGUGAUGAGAACAAGAAAAUGCAGGGAUGCCUUUUCGAAUUGUCGAAUCAAUUGUUAAAACAAGAGAUGGCAAAUUCAAGUUUGCAUGCUUGUUUAGAUAUAGAACAAAAAGAAAAAGAAAUUGUUGAGAAGGAGAGAGAUUACCUAAAGGAAAGUCUGAAGAAGAUAAAUGUUGAAUUCACGCUCUUCAAAGAUAUCGCUGCAAAAAGACCAAAAGAAGCCGAAAACCAGGCAAAUAAAAGCACGCAAUAG